CAACGAUAUAAAGCAAAGCACACCGAUGUGGAUCCGGCCCAUGCCCAAAGCUGUUCCUCAACAGUUUCCCGUAAUAACGUUGUGGCCACCAUAUCAAGGCAACCGUGUAAGGACCAGCACCAAGGCCAGCUCAAGCGCAAUGGACGCAGCCGGCAUCGACUCCGACGGCAGAGAAUUCAAGAGCUCACAAGAAAUGUGGAGAGAGCAAGUUGGAGAUGGUGUAGGUGAUCCUAAGAAGACUCAGUGGUAUCGUGAAGGCGUUGCUUACUGGGAAGGUGUGGAGGCGUCCGUAGAUGGGGUAUUGGGUGGAUUUGGGCAGGUAAACGAUGCUGAUAUUAAGGGUAGUGAGGCUUUUCUCAAUACCCUUUUGCAUGAAAGGUUCGGUGAUGCUGCAAUAAAUCAACAUCUUGUUGUUCUUGAUUGUGGUUCUGGCAUAGGGAGAAUAACCAAAAAUCUUCUCAUAAGAUAUUUUAAUGAGGUUGAUCUUCUUGAGCCAGCAUCACAUUUCUUAGAUGCCGCCCGUGAAAGCUUGUCUCAGGAACAUUUUGUUGCCUCUGAUAUGCACAAGGCUACUAAUUUCUACUGCAUUCCGCUUCAAGAGUUCACUCCUCAUGCUGGAAGGUACAAUGUUAUUUGGGUCCAGUGGUGCAUUGGUCAUCUGACAGAUGACGACUUUAUCUCAUUUUUUAAGAGAGCAAAGGUAGGCCUUAAACCUGGUGGAUUCUUUAUCGUGAAAGAGAACAUUGAGAGAAAUGGAUUUGUUUUGGAUAAAGAAGACCGAAGCAUCACAAGAUCUGAUUUAUACUUCAAGGACCUAUUCCGUCAGUGUGGAUUGCACCUGUAUAAAAUGAAGGACCAGAAAGGAUUGCCUGAAGAAUUGUUUGCUGUGAAGAUGUAUGCUUUAACAACUGAAGCACCAAAGAAAGUUCAUAAGACCCGAUAUAACGUGCAAGCCAACAGACCCACCAUCAUUAAAUGAUUUGUUGUUUAGAAUUUGCUGUGUUUUUGUAAGUGCUUAGUUUUCGAGUAGCUCAUUUUACUGUAUCGUCCGAUAGAGAGUAUUAGUUUGGCUCAUAUAGUGUUCUCAGGUUGACAAGUUUUACUUAUUUGCUUUGAGUGGAGAAACCCUUGACAAGAGAAAUGGAUGAAAAUCAUGUUAAAUUAAGUGCUAGAUACAUGAACAAGUAGGAGAGUUUUCUUUUGUUGUG